UAUAAUCUUCCAUAACUCUCAACAGUCUAAGAGAUCAGAAGAAAAAACAAUCAUAUGGAGAUUGAUCUAUCACUCAAAAUAGAUCAUCACAAGGAAGAACUUUUCAAACACAAAAAAGUUCAAGAAGAGGAAGAAGAGGAAGAAGAAGAAGAAGAGGAAGAAGAAGAAGAAAUUGAUGAUCAUAUUGUUGCUUCUACAUCUAGUAAUUUGAAAUUGUUUUUGCCACACAACAUUAAUAUAGGAGAGAUUUCAGAGUUACAAAUGGAAAUGGAUAGAAUGAAAGAAGAGAACAAGGUGUUGAGAAAAGCUGUGGAACAAACAAUGAAAGAUUAUUAUGAUCUUGAAAUGAAAAUUGGUUUCAUUCAACAAAACAAUAGUAACCUCAACAACAAGGACUCUCACAACUUCCUAUCAUUUCAUGGAAAUGAGAACAAGAGACGUGAAGAACCAACAAAACCAGACCUCGAGCUCGGAGAAAUGGCGAAGAAGAAGAGACAAGUUCGGUCACCAUCGAAGGAGGACGAGAUGAGAAAGAGUGAAUUAGGGUUAUCAUUAGGGCUCCACACAAACAACAAUGAUUUGGAUCAAGAAGAUAAUCAUAAAGAAUUAUUACAAGAAGAAACAAGAGAAAAGAAGAAGGAAGAUUCAAUAAUAAUGUCCAACUUCAACUCAAUCCAAAACAAGCCACAAAGGCCUGAAUUGCAAGCAAUGGCACCCCCACAAAACAGAAAAGCUAGGGUUUCUGUGAGAGCAAGAUGUGAAUCUGCCACUAUGAACGAUGGUUGUCAAUGGAGGAAGUAUGGUCAAAAAAUUGCGAAGGGAAAUCCAUGUCCUCGAGCCUAUUAUCGUUGCACAGUUGCACCAGGAUGCCCAGUCAGAAAACAAGUGCAAAGAUGUUUAGAAGACAUGUCAAUUCUUAUAACAACGUACGAAGGAACACAUAAUCAUCCACUCCCUGUUGGAGCAACAGCCAUGGCUUCCACAGCUUCUGCAGCAGCUUCCUUUAUGCACUUAGACUCAACUAAUAAUAACAUUAAUCUUUCUUCUCUUCCAAACCCUAAUAUUCUAAACUCUUCUUCUUCUUCCUAUUCUCCAACUUUCCUCCAAACUCAAAACCCUAAUAAUCAUCAACCCUCAACAAACAACACCUUUUACACUCCAUUAAUCCCCACCUCUUCAACCUCACACUUCCCCCAUUCCUUUAAUUACCCUACCAACUUUCAACCUAAUCAUCUUUUCAAUCCUCUCCACCGCCGCACGUGGAAACCGGCCGACAAUAAUAAGCCACCGUUCACACCCGAGAGUGUCUCCGCCAUUGCUUCUGACCCUAAGUUUCGAGUUGCCGUUGCGGCCGCUAUUUCUUCGCUCAUUAACAAAGAGAAUAACCACAUGACAGCAAUGAAUCCUAUCGAAGAUUCUUCUUCUUUCAGUCCUAGUAAAGAUGGCAAAGGCGGCGGUAGCGACAGCGACGGAGGAAACAAAAAAUUGGUUGUUGAGUCCCUCUCAUCAAAUGGUAAUUAGGCUCUUUUCAAUGGUGGAAAUUUCCAUUUUUUGAGGGAGGUUCAGAGUUAGGGUUGUUUAAUCAUGAAAUGGUUAAGAUUUUUUUUUUUCUUUUUUGUUCUCUGUUUGAUCCAAAUUUGUAUUUAAAUUUGUAGUUUUUCUUACUUUUUUCUUUUCUUUCCAUGAUUUGAUUUUCUGAUAAGAAUUUUGUAAGA